AUGCCAAACGAGAGGGACCUCCCGAACUACCGCUCCGCCGGCGGCGGCGGUGACGACGACGGCUCUUUCUCCCUGCCGGCGCCGGCGGCGACGCCCUCGACUCGGACUCCGCGUACGGCGCCGUCGCCGGUGGACUCGUUGGAGUGCGUCUCGUUGUUCAGCUCGCGUUCCUCCACCGUAUGGACCGUCGCAAAGCAGACCGGGCUGAGGAGCGUCACCGUCGGCUCCGACACCGCGGUGGCCUGCGCCGUCUGCACCGACGACCUCCCGCCGGCGGCGACCGCGUGCCGGCUACCCUGCGGCCACCUGUACCACGCCGACUGCUUCGUGCAGUGGCUAUCGCGGCGCAACUCCUGCCCGGUCUGCCGCCGCCGCGUCCCGUUGUUCCCCGAUCAUGGCGCCGCCUACACCGACGAAGACGAAGACGAAGACGAAGAAGAGAUCGCGCCAUCGCCGCCGCCGCCUCAUGGUCCGGAGACGACGGCGACCGACGACCACCGGCCGCGGUCUCUGCCGGGAGCGAGCUGGAUCGGAAGAAUCUGCCGCAGGUUGCUUGGCUACACGGAAACGAGCCACCCGCGUCAACUGAACCGAUGCAGCGGCGACACGACGCAGCAAUGGUGAUUUCAAUUGAGACCAGUCAGCAAGUAAUUUGUGAUCAAAC